AUGUCUGGGUCGCUUUUUCUUCCUCGCGCCAUGGCUGCUACCGAGCAUGCUCCUCCCGUGGACACCUGUGCGCUGUCCAUCUCUACCCGGGCGUCCUCCAGUGGCGCCGGUGAGCUGUCUCCGGACGGAGCUCGCACGCCGCACCCGGGCAGCGACGGCGGCUUUGUGCUGGCGAUGCGGUUUGCCACCGCCAGUCAGUUCACCUUCUACAGCAGCUUCUGGACAGAUGACGAGCUCGUGGAUGAAGCCGACGCUGACCCUUCCAAGGAUGCCGACGGCAAGUUCGAUGCGUUUGUCUCUGCGCCCGCCACCGAAAUCAGAGGGUGUCUCCCCGGGGGGUGCAAGACGUAA